AUGGGGUCGCGGAGGGCCGCGGGCCGGGGCUGGGGCCUGGGUGGACGGGCAGGGGCGGGCGGCGAUGGCGAGGACGACGGGCCGGUGUGGACGCCCGGCCCGGCGAGUCGCAGCUAUCUGCUCAGCGUGCGGCCGGAGACUAGCUUAUCAAGCAACCGGUUGUCUCACCCCAGCUCUGGAAGGAGCACCUUCUGCUCCAUCAUUGCUCAGCUCACAGAAGAGACCCAGCCACUAUUUGAGACCACACUCAAGUCCCGGGCUGUGUCUGAAGACAGUGACGUCAGGUUCACCUGCAUUGUCACAGGAUACCCAGAGCCGGAGGUGACCUGGUACAAGGAUGACAUAGAACUGGACCGUUACUGUGGCUUGCCAAAAUAUGAGAUCACUCACCAAGGCAACCGUCACACCCUGCAGCUGUACAGGUGCCGGGAAGAAGAUGCUGCCAUCUACCAGGCCUCUGCUCGGAACACCAAGGGCAUCGUGUCCUGCUCAGGGGUCCUAGAGGUGGGCACUAUGACCGAGUACAAGAUUCACCAGCGCUGGUUCGCCAAGUUGAAGCGCAAGGCUGCAGCCAAAAUGCGGGAGAUUGAGCAGAGCUGGAAGCAUGGGAAGGAGGCAUCAGCGGAGACUGACACUCUUCGCAAGAUCAGCCCUGACCGCUUCCAAAGAAAGCGCCGGCUGAGUGGGGCGGAAGCGGCAGUCCCCUCAGCCCCGGUCAGGGAAACCGAGGAAGGGUCCUCCGCAGCUUGGCAGGAAGGAGAGACUGAGUCUGUUCAGCACCCAGGUUUGGGUUUGAUCAACAGUUUUGCUCCCGGAGAGGUGCCCACCAAUGGGGAGCCGGCCCCAGAAAACGGGGAAGAUGGAGAACAUGGCUUGCUGACGUACAUCUGUGAGGUCAUGGAGCUGGGGCCUCAGAACACCCCUCCAAAGGAAUCUGGGGCUAAGAAGAAAAGGAAAGAUGAGGAAUGUAAACCAGGAGGACAGAAGCCAGACUUAGAAAAGGCAGAUGGAAGCCAGUGCUCUUCAGAAAAUGGCAUCCCCAGUACAGACGAACCCAAUUCCAGUAGAAGAGAGAAACCCACCGAUGUGCAGCCAGCUCAGACCCAGCCCAGAGGCAGGAUAGCACGGGGGCCUGGGCCUUCUGGAAUAGAAAGCUCCAGGAAGUCAGCUUCUGUUGUGGACAUUCAAGAUAAGGUCCAGGAUGCUCCUGCCUCAGCCCCAGCCCCAGCCCCGGCCUUGGCCCCAGCCCCGGUCCCAGCCCCUAUCCCAAACCUCAGCUCAGAGCAAGUAUAUUUCUCCCUGAAGGACAUGUACAUGGAGAGCACCCAGGCAGGCAGGCCCAAAGGAGAGGAGCUACCUCCACCCCCAAGUACCAGGGUAUCUGGAGAAAGUCCCUCAGGGAAGGAGCCUGUCAAGGCUAGAGGUGAGAAGGUACCUAUGGCCUCUGGGCAGCCCACACCUUCCAUGGUCCCCCCGCCCAUUAAGCCUUUGAAUAGGAAGAGAUUUGCUCCUCCUAAACCCAAAGUGGAGCCCACAACCACUUCUUCCUCAAGUCAGGCUCCAGAAUCUGUGGCCCAGAGCUUGGGGAAAGCCCUACCUCCAGCCUCUGCCCAGAUCCCAACACCCCCUGCCCGACGGAGACACAGCACCCGAGAUAGCCCCUCUCAAGGACGAACAAGCUACAAGACUCCAGGAGAGGCUCCGGAGUCCCAAGCAACCAUGGCUCCUGCCGUGUCUGCCAGCAGCAGCCCCGGGGCCGUCUCUGCUGAUCACAGCACCCCUGGAAACCGAGGUGUCAUGGAGCCCAUGGAUACAGAAGCUGAAGAGCAUGGGAGGCCACAUGCUGAGGAGAGACCUGGAGGCAGGAAGGAAACCCAGACAGAUGGAACGCAGCAAGUAGACAGAAGGACUCCGGGAGAUGGAGCACAAGCCUCGCAGAGGACACAGGCGGAUGAGAAGGCACAGGAGGACGUCCUGACACACGGAAGUGAGAGGCCGCAGUCAGAAGGUUCACAGAAGGAUUUGGUGACACAGAGAAGGGUGGAUACGCAGGUAGGACAGACACAGGCAGAUGAGGGCUGGCAGCGAGACCCAAGGAUACAGGAAGAAAAGGAGACACAGUUAGUGGACAGCAUCCCCACAGCUUUCAAAUCCCAGCGAGAGCAGCCUUCUGUGGGCAGCCUCAGCUCACCACCCACGGCCUCCAAACGCUCACCGUCAGAAUGCCCUACAGCUGCUCAGGUUAUGGAAUGUUUUGAGUCAAGCCCGGAAGCAUCUCGUGUCCAAGAAAAAUCUGGUUUCACGCUUAGGUCUGAAGAGCCAGCAGUGACAGCCUUCAGAAACCAUACGGUCACUUUACUAGGUCCCCUGUCAGGAAACCAUAUGUGCCCAGCACCGCAGCCUCCUGAGGGGAACUCAGAGCAGCUGGGAAGAGAAACACGUCAAAGGCCAGAGUGGGGAGGUCUGGUCAAGGCCAAGCAGGAGGACAGCCUGUUUCAGUUCCCCAAGGAGGAGCAGCCUGGGGAAACACUGUAUGUGGAUCUCCCUGGUAGCCAUUCAACUGGCUUGAGUCAGGAGGUGCCCACCUUGCCCUCUUUUUCUGGAACUGGCCUUACCGAUAGACGGCAGGAGGGGCUACCCAGCUCCACAGCUUCUCAGCACAUAAGCACAGACAACUUCCUCCCCUCCAGGGACCAGGACCUGCUGAGUUCUGCUCCCACUCAGCCAGGGCCAGGGCCCCCCACCCAGAGUCCCCCACCAGAGGCCAUGGCUACCGGCAGCGAGGGAGCCUAUGCCAAGGAGCCAGAUGUGGAGGCGAGGUCCUCGGGCACCCGGAGCUGCGACCCCGGGCUUAUCGAUUCCCUGAAGAAUUACUUGCUUCUGCUGCUGAAGCUUUCCAGUCCAGAGACAAGUGAAGCCAGGGCACAGUCCCAGGAUGAGGCUGCCACUGGCGGCCUAGCUUCCUCCUCUACUCUGGUCCCCACCAUGGAAGUGGCUGGGCUGAGUCCCAGGACAUCAAGGCGUAUCCUGGACCGUGUGGAGAACAACCACUUGGUGCAGAGUGCACAGACCCUGUUGCUGAGCCCCUGCACCUCCCGCCGCCUUACUGGCCUCCUAGACCGUGAGGUACAGGCUGGCCAGCAGGCCCUGGCUGCAGCCCAGGGCUCCAGGGGCCCGUGCCCCAGCCCCCUCACCAUCCCGGCCAUUGUGGUGGGUGAGGAAGAAUCUGGUGCUGGCGAGGGAGGGGGUUCCAGAGAGGAGACCUCCCAGGAAAGGGACAAGGGUGGAGCUCUAGGGGAGGGGGAUGGGCAGACAGCGGAGAGCAGAACUCAGGAGCCCUGCCUAGAAGAGUCUACCCCAGGGGAGGCUGUGACGGGUCUCCCCGCAGCUACACCCGAGGAACUGGCUCUAGGGGCCCGGAGGAAGAGGUUCCUCCCUAAGGUCAGAGCAGCAUCAGAUGGAGAUGUGAACAAAGCUGAAGAAAGAGAGAGCCCCACAGUUUCUCCUCGGGGAGCCAGGAAGGGCCUGACACCAGGGUCCCUAGGAACUCCAGGACGGGAGAGACGUUCCCCUACCCAGACACGAAAGACCAACAUGUUAGAGGUGCCUGGGACAGAAGAAGAGCCUGCAGCAGGAGACCUGGGCCCCAGACCCAAAGCCAGUGGCCUGGACUCCGAGCCUGCCCUGGAUGAAGGCAAGCAGGAAGCUCCAGCCACACCAAGGAAGGCCCAAGACCUGCUGAAAGCCCCACAGGUGAUCCGAAAAAUCCGAGUAGAGCAGUUUCCAGAUUCUUCCGGCAGUCUGAAGCUCUGGUGCCAGUUCUUCAACAUUGUUAGCGACUCGGUCCUGACGUGGGCGAAGGAUCAGCACCCAGUGGGCGAGGUGAGCAGGAGUGCAGGGGACGAGGGGCCGGCGGCCUUGGCCAUCGUGCAGGCAUCCCCCGUGGACUGUGGCAUGUAUCGCUGUACCAUCCAUAAUGAGCAUGGCUCGGCCUCCACUGACUUCUGCCUCAGCCCUGAGGUGCUGUCCGGCUUCAUCUCCAGAGAGGAAGGUGAAGUUGGAGAAGAGAUUGAGAUGACCCCCAUGGUGUUUGCUAAGGGUCUGGCUGACUCUGGCUGCUGGGGGGACAAGCUCUUUGGGCGAUUGGUGAGCGAGGAACUCCGAGGGGGUGGACAUGGAUGUGGCCUUCAGAAGGCUUCCCAGGCCAAGGUCAUCUAUGGGCUCGAACCCAUCUUCGAAUCCGGCCGCACGUGUGUUAUCAAGGUCUCCAGCCUGCUUGUGUUUGGACCCAGCAGUGAGACUUCUCUUCUGGGCAGAAACUAUGACGUCACUAUCCAGGGAUGCAAAAUCCAGAACAUGAGUCGGGAGUAUUGCAAAAUCUUUGCAGCUGAAGCCCGGGCUGUGCCUGGCUUUGGGGAGGUGCCUGAGAUCAUCCCACUGUAUUUGAUCUACCGGCCUGCAAACAACAUACCUUAUGCUACGCUGGAGGAAGACCUGGGCAAGGCCCCGCAGUCCUACUGUUCCCGACAGUGGGGCUGUGCCGGGGCCCCAGCAGCAGCCGGUGGCUCGGAGGCCAUGCAGAAGUGUCAGACCUUCCAGCACUGGUUGUACCAGUGGACGAACGGCAGCUUCCUUGUCACAGAUCUGGCAGGGGUUGACUGGAAGAUGACCGACGUACAGAUUGCUACCAAACUUCGAGGAUACCAAGGCCUCAAGGAGAGCUGCUUCCCUGCCCUGCUGGACCAGUUUGCCUCUUCCCACCAGUGCAACACCUACUGUGGGAUGCUGAGGCUGAAACCCCUCAAGGGCCCUGAGGCUGCCCACCCCCAAGCCAAGGCCAAAGGCUCCAAGAGUCCAUCUGCUGGAAGGAAAGGUGCCCAGCUGAGUCCCCAGCCUCAGAAGAAAGGCGUUCCCAGUCCUCAGGGCUCCCGGAAGAGCGCGCCAAGCUUCAAGACCACACCUCAGGCCUCCGAGGCAGUCGCUGUUCAGUUAUUAGGACAGGCCCCUGCCCCAGAGGGGACCUCUAAGGCCCAGGGCAUGCGGUAGCCCCAACAGGAGGCUGGGGGCCUCUACUUGAGAGCAGACCAACAGGAAGCAGCUUGAACCAGAUGGAGAAGUUUUCAAUUCAGGACUAAGCCCAGAAGGUGCCCCAGGCAGGUACCUCUUGGGGACCUCUCUCAGUAGUUUCACCUCAUUGAAAGGCUCUGGGCAUGGCGCAUGAUCUGGUGGCCUCUUCUAGUGCCGUCACUGCCCAGGGCUCCCAGGCCUCGAGUGGGGCCCACCUCCAAGUGCCUGGUGGCCUCGACCUCCUUGAAGUUUACACUUGCCACUGCUGGAGGCUCCCCGAGUCCCCUGCAUGAGUUCUGCACUCUUGACCCCAGCCCCAGCCGCCACACAAGCAAAGGUUGCAGUCUGGGGCCUGCGGGCCAGCAUUUACCUUUUCACCCCUGCUUAUCCCGCCCUCUCCCUGUCCUCAGGGCACCAGACUUCCUGUGGGGUCUAGCCUUGUGACUCUCAGGGUUUCAUCUUUCAGCUUCUCUACUGCAUUCAUCACAGCUUAUCCUGCGACUAACCUGCCCUGAGUCCAGAUGGGUCCCGGGACCCCUCUGGAGCCCAUCACGUCUUUGUGCGGUGUUGUUUUUGUUUUUGUUUGGUGGUACACGGUCUUGUCACUCUGGCACGUACUUGUUUCCCAUGCUCCCUUGCACACACCCUCUUCCCAGGCUUUGAACCCAAUGCAGUCUGCUGCCUACCCUUCACUAGCUUGUGCUUGUCCGUUUGUCCAAGGCCUCCUUCCAUCCUGACCUUGCACCCUACCCACCAGUGGCUGGGUGAGGAGCGGCCUCUGGCUUCACUCCACCCCAGGGCACUCUUCCUGGUUCUCCCGGGUUCUCUGCUCGUGAGGAGGGAGGGAGCAUGAGGAUGCGUGAACAGUUUGAGGCACCUCAUGCUCUGUUCUGAGAGCCGUGAGGCUGCAGUCGACAUCACAUCUCUGUCCUAAAUGAGAAGGCUGGGACUCUUCCUCAUGAGGGAGGGGACACAGGGUGAUCCAGGAGGGUUGCCGUCAUUCAUGUGCUCAGGUAGAGAAGGAUGUCUCUGUACCUACCUCCAACCAUUUGCUCUUGAUCCUGGGGCUCAACUCCAGAUGCUCAGGUGUGGGUUCCCAGGGAAUUUCUGUGCUGGGUCCAGCACCUUGGGUCCUUCCUAGACACCCCUCCUUGAGACCCAGGAUGGGGUAGGUCCCGGAGCUAGCCUGCUCCCCUUGUUAGGAAAUAAAGGCAGCAACUGUGUGCCCUGCUUGUUA